GCGGGAUAUAAACACAGGAAAGGAGAACAGCAUUGACAGACAUGUAGCUGAACCUUAGUUUAUAAUCUAUUUUUUAUAGCAGAUAGUCUAUAUAUCAAUUCAUGUAAAAGCUAGUUAAACUGACAGGCUAACAAAAACUACAGUAGCUAACCGAACGUUGCUAUGCUGUUGUUUACACUUUAUCAUGCUAGUAGGUACAAUAAGCUGGCAAGCUAGCGACUGUCGCUACGUGUUGGCCAUCUACAAGUUCUAUCAGUACGUCGGUGAGACAAGCUGGACUUCAAAGCUGCAUUAACUGGAAACCUUGUUUCACAGAAAGAAGAGAAAUGAGAAGAAGCCUUGCUCCAAGUCAGCUUGCCAAGAGGAAACAUGGAGGCGAUUCAUCAGAAGAUGAAGAUUGGGACCCAGAAGAAAUUACCAAACGGCGUAGAAAAGGAGAAAGCAAAGGCAGUAGAGAGAACUACAUCUCCCCUUUCAGAAAACCUUUGACGCAGUUGACCAACCGGCCUGAGUGUUUGGACAGCAAUACGCAUGAAGCCUUCAUUCGAAGUAUUCUGUCAAAACCUUUCAAAAUCCCAAUACCAAACUACACAGGUGGACUGGGAAUCAGAGCUCUGGGCCUGAAGAAGACAGGGGUUAGGAAGGCGCUUCACGACCCCUUCGAGGAAGGUGCACUGGUGUUGUAUGAGCCUCCAGUUGUAAGCGCUCACGACCUCAUCAAAGCCGAAAAAGAGAAACUUCCGGUACACGUUGUCGUGGAUCCAAUACUUGGAAAAGUACUCCGACCCCAUCAGAGAGAGGGGGUGAAGUUCCUGUGGGACUGUGUGACGGGGAGGCGCCUUCCAGACUCCUACGGUUGCAUCAUGGCGGAUGAGAUGGGGCUGGGCAAGACCCUCCAGUGCAUCGCUCUCAUGUGGACCCUGCUGCGCCAGAGCCCCGAUGGCAAGCCCGAGAUCGACAAGGCCAUCGUGGUGUCGCCCUCCAGCCUGGUCCGCAACUGGUACAACGAAGUGGGCAAGUGGCUCGGAGGACGGAUCGCGCCGGUCGCCAUCGACGGUGGUUCCAAGGAGGAGAUUGACAGGAAACUAGUGAACUUCAUUUCCCAGAAUGGCUUGAGGGUGCCCACUCCGAUUUUAAUCAUUUCCUACGAGACUUUCCGCCUUCACGCUGCCGUCCUGCACAAGGGGAAAGUUGGGCUCGUCAUCUGUGACGAGGGUCAUCGACUUAAGAACUCUGACAACCAGACGUACCAGGCCCUGAACGCCAUGAGUGCCCAGAGGAGAGUGCUCAUCUCAGGGACACCCAUCCAGAACGACCUCCUGGAGUACUUCAGCCUUGUUCACUUUGUCAACGCCGGCAUCCUGGGAACUGCUCAGGAGUUUAAAAAGCGGUUUGAGAUUCCCAUCUUGAAAGGGCGGGACGCGGCUGCAAGCGACAAGGACAGGCAGAGCGGAGAGGAGAAGCUCAAGGAGCUCAUCAGCAUUGUCAACAGGUGCUUGAUCCGAAGGACAUCGGACAUCCUCUCCAAGUAUCUCCCUGUGAAGAUCGAGCAGGUCGUCUGCUGCAGGUUGACCCCGCUGCAGACUGAGCUGUAUAAACAGUUCCUGAGGCAGGCCAAGCCCAUCGAGAGCCUCCAGCAGGGCAAAGUCAGCAUGUCGUCGCUCUCCUCCAUCACCUCCCUGAAGAAGCUCUGCAAUCACCCGGCUCUCAUCUACGACAAGUGCGUGGAAGGGGAAGAGGGCUUUGAGGGGGCCUUGGAUCUGUUCCCGUCGGGGUACUCCACCAAGGCAGUGGAGCCCCAGCUCUCUGGGAAGAUGCUGGUGCUGGAUUACAUCCUCGCCAUGACGAGAAGCACGACGAGCGACAAAGUGGUGCUCGUCUCCAACUACACUCAGACACUGGACCUCUUUGAAAAGCUGUGUCGGUCUCGAAGAUACCUCUAUGUUCGGCUCGAUGGCACCAUGUCCAUCAAAAAAAGGGCCAAGAUAGUUGAGAGAUUCAACAGCCCAUCUAGUCCGGAAUUCAUCUUCAUGCUGAGCAGCAAGGCCGGUGGGUGUGGCCUGAAUCUGAUUGGCGCCAAUCGCCUGGUGAUGUUCGACCCUGACUGGAACCCGGCCAACGACGAGCAGGCGAUGGCUCGGGUCUGGAGGGACGGCCAGAAAAAGACCUGCUACAUCUACAGACUGCUCUCGACGGGGACGAUCGAGGAGAAGAUCCUGCAGAGGCAGGCCCACAAGAAGGCCCUGAGCAGCUGCGUGGUGGACGAGGAGCAGGACGUGGAGCGCCACUUCUCCCUGGGGGAACUCCGGGAGCUGUUCUCCCUCAGCGAGGACACCGUCAGCGACACUCACGACAGGUUCCGCUGCCGGCGCUGCGUGAACGGCAGGCAGGUGCGCCCUCCGGACGAUGCCACCGACUGCACGUGUGACCUGUCCCAGUGGCACCACUGCGCUGACAAGAAGGGACUCAGGGACCCCGUGCUCCAGGCCUCCUGGGACGCCGCCGUGUCCUUCGUGUUCCACCAGCGCUCUCACGAGGACCAGAGGGGCGUCGUGUGACACCCGGAAAGACCCGGCACGUGCCUAGGAAAGAGGGAGGAGCCUAUGGAGGCCGGAGUCACAGGCAGACUUGUCGCUCAUACUGAGAGCUCAGAUCAUCGGACUGAAUUUGCUGUCGGGCAGGUGGGCUGGGCUUUGUGAUGUGAAAAUCCUCUGGUCUGGAAUGCCACCUUACGUGUAUAUGCAGAUUUUCAUUUGAUUUCUCUACUGUGUAAAUAUGAAUAAAUAUAUACUGUA